ACGGUUUCGCCAAUCAGAAGUGUCCUAGGGCGGGGCCACUAACUCCCGGUUGUUCCCCCGCUCGCAUCAACAGAAGCAACGGACAGAAAGAAAGGAGGAGGCGGAGGAGGAGCGACACCGUGCUGUUGGUUUUGAAUAUUCUUAGUUACUAUCUCGUUUAAUUCAAGGUCUAUAGGGUUUUAAUUUGUGAUAUAAUUGAGCGGUGCAUCAACAAGAUUUUGGGUUUCGAAGAAGGCAGGCUGACCUUUCCACAUUGCAUCUCUUCACCUGCCCCACACAGGUGUAAGGGGCCUGCAGGGGAUGCUUGGAAGAAUGGAAACUGUGCAGAAAGAACUGGUGUUCCAAGGGACAAAAUACUCCAUCUUGGUGUCAUGGGGAGAGGACUUGUUGGAGGUGGAAGUGUCGAACACCGUUACCACGGAGCAGUGGGGGGCGGAGUUUAGCCCAGAGUAUAUCGAGAACCUGACCCGAAAAACAGGCAACUUCAAGGAGUUUGCAAUCUUCUGCAACAUGUUGGUGUCUGCCGUCACAAAGUCCUGUGAAUCAGUGACCCUUCAGCUUUUGACAUUCGAUGAUCUGCAACAGCUGCAUAAGAAAAAAGCAUCCCAUUCAGAAUGUGUCCGGCCGCUAGUCAAGUCUCCGGCCCUCAACAUGAAGCGAUACUUCAUUUUAAUCUACUCUGUGGAGUUUGACAGAAUUCACUACCCGCUACCACUAGCAUUUUAUGGAAAGCUGGACCCAGUUCUGCUUCAAAGGGAAAAUCGCAGAUUGAGGUCUCAACUAACAGAAUGGAUGUCGAAUGAGGGACCUGAUACCAGAGAAGGGGAUAUGCAUCGUCUUCAAGCAGAAGUGGAGCAGCUGCGCCAAGAAAAGGCCCUCCUAACAAGGGAACUGGAGGUCCUGCGAUCAGAAACAUGCCAGCCACGCCGGGAUCCCCGAUCCAUGAAGGUAUUGAAGGAUAUGGUGAGAAUUCUCGAGGAACAGCUUUUACAGGAGCGCAACAAACACCAGCGUUCAGCCAGCAAGAGAGAGCAGGAGUACAACUUGCUACUAGAUGAGAUUGAAGACCUGAAAGCAUCUGAGAGAAAACUGAAAAGUCGAGUGAAGAGUCUCACCAGUGAACUGGCCAUAUAUAAAAAAGGGAGGGUGACUCCAGUGGGGCAACCUCGUUCAGGCUCUGUUUUGGGGUCAGACCACAGCCAUGGAGAAGAAAGACGGUCCACGUCAAAUGAGAGGAGUGCUGGCCACAGGCUACGCUCACAAAGCCGAUCGCACUCCAGAGGGCAGAAUGAGCAGUGGGGGCAACGGAAUCAAAGAAUUGGCUCAAGAGAAAGGUCAAGUUCGCGGGAAAUGCAGAGUUCUGCUGAGAAACGGUUGAAGGUGCCCAGACAGUCCCCUUCACCUUCAGCAAGAAGACCUCCUCGAUUUGACCCCACUGCAUAUGUAAAAGACAAAGCACGCAAACAGAUGGAGACAGAGACGAGGAACCAACGGAAAGUGCUCAGGGACAUGCUAUCCUCUCCCAGCAGUGCACAGCGGGGCCGGACCUUCUCGAGAGCCACACGGCCGGCAGGUAGGAGUGUCGGCUCUGCACGAAGCUCCUCUGCUGAAACACUCCGGAGCAGGCAGUCUUCAGCCAGCUCAAUGUCGGAGACGGAGGAUCUCUCUGGGCCUUUUCCCUCCAAGUCCACUUCCAGGAACAGAAAAAAGAAGCAUCCUUGCAAAUCAGGACUGGGAAAUGGCUGCAUAUUGCCAGGUAGCCGGUCCAAGGCCAAGAAAAGGAUGUCGAGCACUCCAAACAGGAUAAGCAAAGCCAGUGACAAAGAGAACUCCUAUGAAUUGUCAGAUAUCGAUGCUCGCUUAAUGACUGUUAGAGAAUACCUGAGAAACAUGGAGGCUCGCUGCUAGCAGUCCAGGGCAGGACCACACCACACUGCACUGUAAGGGUGUCCAGUGGUCCGGUUGGUGGGGCAGCUGCCAAGGACCUCCCAUUUUCUAAUACGCCCGUCUGUCUGAAGUUCAGAUUGUUUUGUUUGGUCUAACGGGCUGCUUUGAACAAGCCGAACAGAAAAUGAGGCAGCUUGACUUUGUGGAAAUCAAACUCAGAAAAAAGUUCCUCUUUGAGAUGGUUGGGCUUUAUUUUUAAUUAUGACAUUUGGUUAAUUUUAAUCUGUUGAUUUUCUUUUAUUGUAUAUAUUUUUUUAUCCAAAUCACACUGAUAUUGAGAACAUUGCAGAAGUUAUUUUCAUAUUUAUUUUUCUUCUGUAUUGUUUGGUAUAGUUUUCAAAAUAUCCAGGCCUUAAAUGUCACCUGUCUGUCCUGCAGUAUUGUGCAGUCAAAUCAGAGUGUUAACUCUCCUUGACAACUACUAGGGAAAUCUAAAUAAACUAUAGGAUGUGUCAUCUGUUGUCACCGGCCGGGACUUUUAUUGGCUAUCCGUCCAUUUACAUUUAUUCACUUAGCAGACGCUUUUAUCCAGUGUGAUUUGCAAAAAAAGUCCCCAAAAUGGAGUAAACAGCAUUUUGGGGACUGUCUAGGAACAAGGGGACAAAAGUGACCAUCACAAGUGAAGAGCUCAGAACUAAACACAUGAAGUCUUUGUUAGAUGAACCUGAGAAGGCCAUUGUGAAGUAGACAGAAGUUUGCCAAACAAAAGAGUCUCCAGACGCUGCUUAAACACACUGAAGGAGUCAGCGGUUCUGACAGAGGUGGGCAGCUCAUUCCACCAUCUGGGAGCUACACAUGAAAGGAGAUCUGCUGCCAUGCAGAGGUGACAUCAUCAGAUGCCAUUCAUUCACAGACCCAGCCAGAUGAAACGGAGCAAAGGACCUCACAAGUGUCUCCAUAUACGUGAGUGCUGACCUCUGUUGGCAAUCAUCAAAGAUGUGAACUUCAGCAGCCAGUCUAGCAACCUGAGAAAAGGAGUGACAUGUGCCCAUCUCAGCUGGGUGAGCAUAAGACGGGGUUGCUACAUUUUGAAUUAUCUACAAUGGCUUGAUGGCACAUGCGAGUUCUCCUGCCAGUAGAGAGUUGCAGCAUGUCCUGGAAGUAGCAGAUCUUCAAUUUUUAAAUUGUAGAUGUUUAUAUUUUUAAAAUAUUUCACUAAAACAAGCCAGAUGAACUUAAUUUUAGACAUUUUACAGGAGCAAUUAACAUUAAAGCUUCUUUUCUUCCUGAACUGUACCAGUAAUCUAUCAUGUUAAAACAUCUGCUUCAAUGGUUUACAACAGAACUUUUUUUUUUUUUAUGAAUACCAGAAAAUAGCUAUAAUUACUCGAGCCAUGUUGAUUAUUUUAUAAUUUGGGGAUGUAUAAAAUGAUCAUAUAGACAGCCAGCCAAUCAAAUGUGUGUACUAUCACAUGUCCUGAAGCCUCCCGUGGAAUUUUAGCAUAAAUACGGCUUGUCCAACGGACAAAAGAAUAAACUAGAGGAAAAAAAAAGGAAGUGAUGUCAGAGACUGAGAAACGUGUGACUAUUUUAUCCAGACGUUAGAAAGAAGCAUCCUGUGACUAACAAGGAUCGCUAAACUAACAGCCGCCCAUGACAAAAUCCGAUCCUUUUUUUCCCCUAAUGACUAUAUCCAGAUUUUUCCUGUCAAUUUUAUUUUCCAUCGUAUCUUGUUCUACUUGGUAUUAUUAUUCAUUAAUAAAUACCACUUUGCUUUUGCAUUUUC